CAUCCAUUAAUGGCGUCGAUGGCGUCCGCGAGUGAACAAAGUAUUUUGUUUAAACAUCUUUAAAAACGCAUCGUAUUUUUAUUCUGUUUUUUAAAAAUACUAUUUUUUAGAGUGAAAUAUCAAUAAUUUGUGACGUGAAAUACCUAAUGAUCGCAAUUGAGAUUUUAUCCUAAAUUGACUGUGUUAACAAAAAGGUUUGAAAAAAUUUUGCCAAUGAGACAAUAUGUACGGUUUGGUGGAGCUUUUCAUCUUUUGCGGUGUUCUCUAUUAUUUAUUUAAUGACAGAGCUAAUAACAUGGUAGAUGUAAUGUCAACACGUUUACACGAAGUCUACGCAAAAUGGGAAAGACGAACGGAAGUGCCAAGAAAUUUGGAUUCAAAUGCACCUCGACUUUCCCUCGGUGGACUUCGUCGAGCGGGCCAACAAAUGCAGAGAAGACGAUUUCAAAAUAAGGAACAAGCGCGAAAAGUUCGAGAGGCUAGUUUAUUUAAAAUUAAGGAAUCUGAACCAAUGGCUGCAGAAAUUCCCAGAACGACACCAUUCUUCUUCUACUGUUGCAGAAGUUGUACUCCGUCCUCAAGGGAUUCACUGGUUAAUAAAAUAUCAACUCAAUAUCAAACACAUGGCAAUAAUAUUCUCCUCGUGAAAUCGGGGACAAGUAUUUUAAGUAAAAUUUGCAGUUGUAUAAAUCAAGUCUACAAUAUAAAAAAAUACGAUUAUCCUCAAGUAACGGAAACCGUUCUGAAUGAUGAGAGAUUGCAGGAAGCGAUAAAAUUAACAGCAACUGAGAAUGCGGCUCACGACGGUGGAAAUGAGGAGGAUGAAAUUGUAAAGGCAAAAAUAAGGGCCAAGCAAAUUUUGUUAAAAAUGCAAAGCAGUUUGAGCGAUAAAGUUUUAAGGAUAGUGGCGUGGAUUUGUUUCAAAGUGCUUCCAUGUUUUAUACAAUCGGCCGUUGUACAACCAUCGCAAAUUGAAAUGCUCCAAAAGGCAAAUGACACUGGAUUGCCAAUGAUUUUUAUUCCUUUACACAGAAGCCAUUUGGAUUAUAUUAUGACGACAUUUAUUCUUCUUUGUAACAAUAUUAAAUGUCCAUUAGUUGCCGCUGGAGAUAAUCUUCGUAUUCCCUUCUUUGGGUGGCUCUUGAGUGGUUUAGGAGCAUUUUUCAUAAAGAGAAGAAUCGAUCCUGUUCAGGGGAGAAAAGAUAAACUUUACAGAGCAACAUUGCAUACCUAUAUAAUGGAAUGUUUGCGAGCCGGUCAUAAUAUUGAGUUUUUCGUUGAGGGCGGAAGAACGAGAACAGGAAAACCAUGCAUGCCAAAGGGAGGUGUUCUUAGUGUAAUUAUUGAUGCCUAUUUGGAUGGUACGAUAGAGGAUGCUCUAUUAGUUCCCAUGUCGAUAAAUUAUGAGCGUUUAGUAGAUGGAAAUUUCGUCCGCGAACAACUUGGUCAACCGAAGAAAAUGGAAUCUUUUAAAUCCGCAAUUACAGCCAUGUGGACGACAUUGAUGGGAAAUUAUGGAAUUGUCAAGGUUGACAUUUGUCAACCUUUCUCCUUGAGGGAGAUGCUUAAAUUCUUCCAAAAACAACAGACGAGAUUAAAUCCAACGAAUAGUGAUCCACAGCCAAAAUCAUUGAAGUAUUCAAUAUCCAGUUCCUCUCUAUUUGGUACUGAUGUUGUUGUUGAAGAUCGACAAUUGGUUGAAAACAUAGCACGUCAUAUCGUUUAUGAUGGUUCCAAAUCAACGCCAAUUAUGUCUACAAACGUAAUUGCUUUUCUGCUUCUUUACAAAUUUCGAGACGGUUGCACAUUGGACGAUUUAGUUAAUGCCGUUGAUUCAAUGAGACAAGAAUUGGAAUUUGCAAAAAGAGAUGCAGCCUUCUCGGGUGAAAGUAUUGACGUCAUAAAUCACGCACUGGAUAUUUUGGGACCUGGUUUAGUAAAGCAACAGAGGCAAGAAAUCACUGAAACAGUUAAUAAUCAAAUAGUAAAAUCAGGAUUCAGAACUGCAAUACAGCCAGUUUCAAUUCUUCCAAAUGUUAUCGAACUAUCGUACUAUGCAAACACAAUGGUUUUGCAUUAUAUUCUAGAAAGUGUAGUUGUGACGGCAUUGUAUGCGGACUUGAAAUCACAGAUGAAUGAUCCGAGAGCGAUUGCGGAAAAUGACAUAAAAAUAUAUCAAGAUGAUUUGGUGGAGAGAGCAAUUGAAGUCUGUGAUAUUCUUAAGUAUGAAUUUAUUUUCUGUAGGCCAUGUCAGGAAUUGGAGCACGUGAUAGUCGAUGUGAUUCGUGGUCUUUGUUCUUCUGGUAUUAUUUCAUUAAUUGAAGAGGCUUAUUUAGAAGAAGAAUUGUGGAGCAGAAGAUACGCGAAAACAUUCGACGAUAGCUCAGACGAAGAAUACUCCAAUGUUAAUCGCACUAGAAAAAUUCAGUACAAACUUAGUCUUAUUCCGGAGCAUUCAGAUCGCAUGGAAUUUCUCCAUAGAAUAGCGAGACCUUUAAUAGAUACCUAUUCGUUUAGUGCAUUUUCGUUAAAAAAAUUGGUGAGCCGCUCUACGAUGGAGAAAGAGUUUCUUCAGGAAAUCUUAAAGGAAAUUAAAUCCAACAUCGAUAGCGGUGCAGUUAGCUACGGUGAAAGUCUUUCGAUUGAUCCAGUUAAAAAUUCACUGAAACUAUUCGAAAAAUGGAAUGUCCUCGAAUGUUACUCGCAGGAAAAUACAAAGUUAUUUAGUCUGAAGGACGAGUACGAUGACGAUGUUGCCAUAAACAGAAUAUUUGAAAAAGUAGCGGCUUACAAAUGGACGCGAAACGUUGAUUGAGAAGUAGAUUUAAAAAAAAACAAAAAAUUAUAUUCCGUUUAUUGGUGAACCAAUUUUUUUUUUGCUCAGAAAAGGCAACUUUCACGCAAGAAAAAAAGGAAUGAAACACACAAAUUCGGAAUUACGUACAAUGCAACGCUCAAAACAAAACAAAAAAAACAACAACAAUUAGACUGUUUUUUCUUUUUAGUACGAAUUAGAGAAAAUUCAGUUUCUCAGGCAAAGACUUAUACAUAUUAUAUAUAUAAAUAUAGUUUUUAUAUGCGACAUAAAAAAUUAAGUAUAUUUAUAGAGAUCGGGCCUUUUUUUCUACGGGCGAAUGAAAAUGUCAGUGAUUUCUCUCUUUAUUUCUUUCUUUUUUUUCUCUUUUUAUUUCUCUCUUUUUCUCUCUCUUUCUCUUUAGUUGUAAUUAAUUUUUGUUGCAAAUGUGGCUAUUUUAUGACUGGUAAUGAAUGCAAGGAUCGACUUCUUUUUUUUUUCUUUUGUUAUAAACGGGAAAUUCUUAAAAAAAACCGUUAUAAUAAAAUUUAUAUUUUUCAAGAUCGAUUGUGUCAAUAAAAGAAUUUAAUAUCAA